GGAGGGGCAGGGGGGCACUGGACACUGUUGACCUUGGGAGUGCACAAAACACAGGAGGUACUUAAGUCCCUGCAGAGCCCCUUGAAACCUCUUCUGAGCUCCAAACCUCCACAGCUGAGGACACAGGCAGUGCUUUCCUUACCUUGUUGUCAGGGUAUCGCUUUCAGCUGACUCUGGUGGAGCCGCUAUGACCGAAACAACAGGUUACUCGGGGAGUGGGCUUGUCCUUGUUAGAAACCCACACCUGGACUUGAUGGAGGAGGACGUCCUCUACCACUUGGACCUGGGAACCAAGACGCACAACCUGCCAGCAAUGUUUGGGGACAUAAAGUUUGUCUGCGUUGGCGGCAGCCCGAACAGGAUGAGGGCAUUUGCGCAGUUCAUGCAGCGGGAGCUGGGCCUGGCGGGUGACGGGGAGGACGUGGCUGACAUCUGUGCGGGGUCAGACCGCUACGCCAUGUACCGGGCAGGGCCCGUGCUCUCCAUCAGCCAUGGAAUGGGCAUCCCUUCCAUUUCCAUUAUGCUUCAUGAGCUGAUCAAACUGCUGCACCAUGCAAAAUGCCGGGAUGUUACUAUUAUACGCAUCGGUACUUCUGGGGGCUUAGGGAUCGAGGCCGGGUCUGUUGUGAUCACUGACACGGCCGUGGACUCCUCCUUCCAGCCACGCUUUGAGCAGGUGGUGCUGGACGAUGUGGUGGUGCGGAGCACCGAGCUGGACAAGGACCUUGCGGAGGAACUACUCGCCUGCAGCAGGGACAUUCCCGACUUCCCCACGCUCAUCGGCCAUACCAUGUGCACCUACGACUUCUACGAAGGUCAGGGAAGAUUAGAUGGUGCAUUAUGCUCUUUUUCCAGUGAAAAAAAGUUGGAGUACUUAAGGAGGGCUUAUGACGCUGGCGUGAGGAAUAUUGAGAUGGAGUCUGCAGCAUUCGCUGCCCUGUGUGGACUGUGUGGCCUCAAAGGUGAGUCCUGUCACUUCCACCUCCUCCCCACGCCCGGGCUUAACCCCCUCUAAGGGUCCUGUUCAGUGACAGAAAGCCAAACACACAUCCUUAAUUACUUUACCUAGAAAAGGACGCUAAAGCAAACUUCAUAGCUCAAUAAAAGCCAAGCAUUAGAAGACCUGAGUGCCUGCUGGACAAACGCACAGCUUGCUCCCCUCACACCCGUCCUGGUCCUACAGCAGGUCCCGGCCG